UUUUAAGUGAAUGUUUUGAUGAAUUUUUAGGAACCUAUCGGUACCAAAGAUACCCAGUGUCUCCCAGCUUCAUUAAGAAUGAAAACAAUCCUGGAACAAACGUGGAACAAAGUGAAGUGUGGCCGCUGAGAAGGUUUCUGGUUGUGUUUGGAGCAAAUGGCAGAGCGGGAGCUGACGGCGGGAUGCAGCACCGACGUGUCGGUCAGCUUCGCCGAGUCUUUGCACGUUUAUCCGGGACUGCUGACUGUAGCUACAGUGUGCGGGGCUCUGUCAGGUAUAUUAGCUGCUGCUCUGUUAUAUGUCUUCUGCCUGAAGCCUUUACUGCUGACCACACAGGGUUACAAUGCAAGGAGACUGUUUGAACCCGAUGACGGGGGUUUUGACAACAAUCAAAGUGACAACAACAGCAGAAAGGAGGCUCCGAGUGGCACCGCGAAUGAUAAAGAGAAGAAGCAGCCCAUGAACAGUGAUGUGGCUGCAUUUGCAUCCAGAGCAAAGGUGGUUUACCCCAUCAACCAAAAAUACAGGCCUUUAGCAGAUGGUGCGUCCAACCCUUCAUUGCAUGAGCACUCCAAGUUACCAUCAGUGCCUAAUGAGGAAUCCUCUUCAGCUGCUGGAGAGUCUCUAAGCCAAGAACGCGAUAAUGAUGACAGCAGUCAUUUCAUCUCCUCAUCAGUGGUCCCAAAGAGCCUCCAGAACCAGAGCGUCACCAGAGUUUCCCACUACCCUCAAACGCUGACGCUAACAGGUUUUGAAGGACGAAUCAGUCUUUACUGUCUGGCCCUGCGGGAUAUACAACAACAUUAUGACCAGCUUCAGGAAGAAAAAUGUGUGUUGUUUCUUGAAAUGGUGAAAAUAGUGCUCAGAUGUAAUCUUUCAAAAGACAAAAAGGAGGCUGAUGUGUCCCGUGUUCUUCAAAUGCAAGAAAAGCAACUAGAUGAACUGAAGAAACAAUUACUAACAGGCCAGAGAGCUAGUGAGAAGAUUGAUGAUGCUCCUUGUACUAUGGAGGAGAUUGAGAGAGCUCAGAAAGAUCAUCUUGAACACAGUCUUCAAAUGUCCAAAGGUUUCAGUCAGCAGGUGGAGGACUUGUGCCAACAUCUGCUGAAGAACACCAGCAUUUUUUCUCCAGAUGAAGCCCAGGUUGUAAUUACCUCCCUUGUCAAGAAUCUUCUGUUGGUAGAGAACUUGCUGAUGAAUGUACAGGAAACAGACCUGAUAAGGACACAACAGAAGGUGCUGUGGUGGGAAGAGUUGAGAGGACUUCUUCAGUCCCAGCCUGCCAUGCUCAGACAAGAGGUGUGUCUGAGGUUGGGUUUGAUAACAAACAUACUUGAGCAGCUGACGAGUGAUGACCUCUUGAGCUUUAGUUCCAUGGAAAAAGUCCUUUCAGAUGUUCAGACCACACUGACUGAUGGACUUCAACAGUGCACUGAGGAAUGCACGAGGAAGCUAAAGGAGCUGGUGAAUAUGAAAUGCAGCAAAAUAGAGAGUAAGCAGAAGAAGUUUCUGAAAUGCCAGAUCAAAGAAAAGAGCCGUUUCCUGGAACUAUCACAGUCUCACAAUGACCUAGAGGAAUUCACCAAGAUGUACCAGGAGCUGCUGAUGAAACACAAGCAGCAGAUUUCUGAGUUGCAGAUGCAGCAGGAUGACAGUUUGGCUGAAGUGCUCUGUGAUCUUUGGACGAAACUUCGUACCUCCUGGUCAAAGAGGUUUGGCGAGCUGUCGAAGGACACCUUUUUCACUUGUGUCCAUGGCCAUUCAGAGGUGUCAGCCGAGCACUGUGAGAAGCUGUGGUUGGAUCUAGAACAGCAGCUGGCUGCACAGCUGCAGCAGGCGGAGGGUGUGACCAAACAGCACCUGGAGGACAUGACGGCUCAGCUGUUUAAAGAUGUACAGGUUUUAAGUGAUGAGACAGCUGUAAUGUUGGCUUGUCUCAAACACUUGAGUGAAGAACAGAUGAAGAUCCUCCGAGCCAUGGUGGUCAGACAGAGCUACGCACUCAACAGUCUAGUGGGGAUGCUGUUAGAGAAGAAACAUGAGCACCUGUUGGUGGCGAUGCAGCGAUGUUUUAUUGUCAGGCACUUCUCUCUGCACUUGCUGAAGGAGAUGAGGCUAUCCAAGCUGAAGGUACUCUGUCAGACUGAUGUCACGGCUGUGCUCACAGAAGAUCCCAGUAACAGCCAGCAAUGUGCCAGUGCCACUUUAAAGAACAGUACCACCAGCUUAGCUGAGAAGCAUCUGGGUCCAGAGAGUCAGCUGCUGACACACACCUUCCAGCAGGAGUUUCUCUCUGAACUAGAAACUGGGACAGAGCUUCUGCAGACUCAUGCACAGCUGGUGUUGGGAAACGCCCUCAGUCAUGCCAUCCGACAGAUGAUGCAGACCUCACAUACUGGUUCACAAACCUAUCCUGGACAGAAUAAUGGACUAAAGUGCCGUCUGAUAGAGGCUGUCUCAGAGAGUGUGUAUGUGACCAGAGAUUCACUUUCUGCACUGGUCCAAAGCUACUAUUCCCACCUGCACAACAUCACCAGAAACCUACAGCAUGAAUUGUCAAACAUUACACAGGAAGAGGAGAAGCAAGAUGGCAGCAAUGAGCUGAACAAAGUGCUGCUGAGGGAGCUGGUAAAGUGGGGAAAGAAACCUGUGUCUGCCGAGUUUCAACAAAGGGUUGCACUCCAAAAAAGAAGGGUGUUGGAGCAUUGUGACUUGGAACAGAAGACAAGAUAUGAGGAACUGAGAAACAAAAAAGUCACCCUGGAUCAGACUUUGGACAGAGUGAAAGUACAGCUCUUGGAGGCAGAAGAAGCUUUUAUAAGUGAGCUAUCAGCCUUGGCUCGGGUUGCUCUCCACACUCCUGAUCCAGAUUCCAGUGGUCAAGAGGACAAUGGUAAUGAGGGUGCUACUGCUACCAUAUUGGACCUGCUAGCCCGGAACCCAGCAUUAGAUCCAAACUUAAAUCCUUCACUGACUCCAACUGUUGUAACCCCAGCAAUUAAAUCUACAACAAAAAAGAAAAGAGAAUGUGAAUCUCACCACAGCUGAAAACCUUACAAUGUGUUUGUAUGUAGGUGUACAGUGAUGUCUUUUUUGUAAAAUUUAAACAGUAUUCCUUUUUGUAAUGGUUCACAGCUUUCUGAAUGAGAAGCACUACUUGUCUCUAGGUAACAAUAUUAUUCUUAGAUAUUUCUGAUCCAGUGUUUUCAUUUAGUAGAGCAUUCCAUCAUUUAAAUUCUUCUGUUAAAAUUUUAUACUAUGUGUGUUGUGCUGUAAGUAUGUUAUUGCUGUGUUAUAAAAUUAAUGGGAUGUACUUUGUUCCCAAUUUGAUUGCUUUGUUGACAGAAAAUGGUCACUUUUCA